GUCGCGGAAUCGGCUGACAUGUCAAGCUCUGCGUGCUGGCCAGCGUCAUGCGAAAACGUAAGAAAAACGGGAAGUGUGUAAUAGUAAACGAAAGUAAAAUCUCGAGUUUGGGGCGACUCUUGCCGUGGAAACCGAAUAUCGGGACUGCUGACACAGCUGGCCAGUUUUUACCUUUUUUAAAAAAAAAAAAACAAAAAAAAACAUUUCUACUACAGUGACAUUUGUAAGUUGAGCAAUCAUGUCUAUUCACUUCUUUGGUUGGGAAACUCAUACUGAGGGACGAAGACUCCUAAAGCCUGGACAGCAUCCUAGGAAGGGGCAUAGAUACACUAUGUUCCAUGGUACACAUAAAAACAAUGCUGAAGCCAUCAUUACAUCAGGCUUUCAUCCAUCCUCUGGAGGUAGUCUGGGAGCUGGAGUAUACUGUAGCCGGAAUAUCAUGAAGGCAAUGAAUUAUCCUCUAGCAUGUAGCAGCAAUGACAGAGUGGUGUUUCAGCUAAGAGUAAGAGUUGGAAAAGUCAAGAAGAUUGAUCAGCACAACUUUAAUAUGGCUACUACCUGGCACCAGCAAGGCUAUGAUACUGCCUGGAUGCCCCCUACUGUUACAGGAUUAGAGGAAGACUGUGUAUGGGACCCAGAUAGACUAGUUGUAGUGGGCAUUGCACAUUGCACUGAUACAUCAUUUGGGAAGAAACUUAAAGAACUGAUCAGGGCACAGCCUAAGGCCAAACUGGAUAAAGGGAGUAGCAGUCAAAAUAAAUGUAUCGCAUGUGGGUGGCCUGUGUGUGACCAUGAAACCAUACAGUGCUGGGGCUGCAAGAAAACAAUAUGCCCUUUCUUGGUUAAACAUAAGUGCAAGGAGAAAUCUGAAAUCAAACCAAAUGAGAAUUAGAGAUUACUGGGACCUAAGUAUACUGAGUUUUCUUUAGAAAUUAUUAAAUUAUGAGCAGUCAAAAUACCUCAGUUUUCAUUCAUGCAGCCACUUACUGUAUGUAAAGUGAAAAAUGGAGAACCUUGAUGAUUUCUCAAUUUGUUUUUCUUUUUCAUGUGUUUGUUAAAUUGUCUUAUUCCAACAUCAUGUAAUCUGGCAUGUAUACUUUACAAAAGACAGUUAAUGCCUAUGGGCAGUAAGACGAAUAUGAGUAAAUAACAAUAAAUGAUGAUGUGGUAUGAUGUCA